AUGCGUAGGGCCAAGUUGGGGGAAAUCGUCAACGUCACCGAGGAGCUCGUCAAAUUGGCCAGCAACGUCAUCUCCAACAUGAUGCUCAGCAUCCGGUGCUCCGAGACAGAAGGGGACGCCGAGGCCGCCCGGACCGUGAUUCGACAGGUGACCCAGAUUUUCGGGGAGUUUGACGCGGCAGACUUGAUCUGGUUCUGUAAGAACUUGGAUCUGCAGGGGAUUAGGAAGAGGUCGGAGGACAUUCAGAGGAGGUACGAUGCCCUGUUGGAGAAGAUUAUCAAGGACCGGGAGGAGGCGCGGCGGAGUGGAGGAGGAGGAAAGGAGGCUAGGGAUUUUCUGGAUAUGUUCCUUGAUGUGAUGGAAGGCGGCAAGGCGGAGGUCAAUUUCACCAGAGAACAUCUCAAGGCUUUGAUUCUGGAUUUCUUCACGGCGGGUACGGACACGACAGCCAUUGCGACCGAGUGGGCCAUAGCGGAGCUCAUCAACAACCCGGAUGUGCUGAGAAAGGCCCAGAAUGAGAUUGAUCAAGUGGUGGGUCUUGACCGGCUGGUUGAGGAAUCGGACUGGCCCAACCUGCCCUACCUCCAAGCGGUGAUCAAGGAGAUGUUCCGUCUCCACCCACCCAUCCCAAUGCUUUCGAGGAAGUCGGUCUCUGAUUGUGUAGUGGGCGGCCACUUCAUCCCUGCAAAGACCAUCCUUUUCGUCAACAUCUGGUCCAUGGGGAGGAACCCCGACUACUGGGAGAACCCACUUGAGUUCAGGCCCGAGAGGUUUCUCGAGAGCUCCAUCGACGUCAAGGGGCAGCACUUUGAGCUCCUACCUUUCGGGACGGGCAGAAGGGGCUGCCCGGGGAUGCUGCUCGCCAUACAAGAGCUCAUCGUCAUCAUCGGGACAAUGGUGCAGUGCUUUGAUUGGAGGCUGCCUGAGGGGUGCGGGCACGUUGACAUGACCGAGCGCCUCGGCUUGACAGCUCCACGGGCCAACGACCUCUUCUGCAGGCUGGUGCCCAGGGUUUCCCCAGAGAUUAUUUCCGAGCAGUGA